AUGGCCCCGAAACGGCAAUCUGCGCUUCUGCCUCAGUCCAAGAAACCCAAAUCGGCUCUGUCCCCGAAACUGGAGGACAAGUCUGCCUCUCCCGGCCUGCCGAAGGGAGAAAAAGAACAGCAAGAAGCAAUUGAACACAUUGACGAAGUACAAAAUGAAAUAGACAGACUUAAUGAACAAGCAAGAGAGGAAAUACUAAAAGUAGAACAAAAAUAUAAUAAACUCCGCCAACCGUUUUUUCAGAAGAGGUCAGAAUUGAUCGCUAAAAUCCCAAAUUUUUGGGUAACCACAUUUGUCAACCAUCCACAAGUGUCUGCACUGCUUGGGGAGGAAGACGAAGAGGCUCUGCAUUAUUUAACCAGAGUUGAAGUAACAGAAUUUGAAGACAUUAAAUCAGGUUACAGAAUAGAUUUUUAUUUUGAUGAAAAUCCCUACUUCGAAAAUAAAGUUCUCUCCAAAGAAUUUUAUCUGAAUGAGAGUGGUGACCCAUCCUCAAAGUCCACUGAAAUCAAAUGGAAAUCUGGAAAGGAUUUGACAAAACGCUCGAGUCAAACACAGAAUAAGGCCAGCAGGAAGAGACAACACGAAGAGCCAGAGAGCUUCUUUACCUGGUUUACUGACCACUCUGAUGCAGGUGCAGAUGAGUUAGGAGAAGUCAUCAAAGAUGACAUUUGUUUAAUAAAAAGAAAAAAAGGGGGGAUUAGAAGGUCAGCAAUGGUGUGUUUGAGGUGUCUGGGGGGGUAA